AUGGCUCCGGCAGUUCUUUUUCGUCCGGGAAGGCAGUGUGGGAGGCUGCGGGACAGCUUCGGACGGUUCACAGGACUGGGACACGGUCGCUGCGGCGCCCUGAAAGCCAAGCCGAGCGGCAGGGCGCCCGAGGGUGAAGGGGUUGCGCUCUCCCGGCCUCACCAUGCCCAGUUGGAGGCUGCUGGCUUGGACCGGCGCCCGGGUGCUGGACCGCGGCACAGGUGGCCUGGGCACUGCCCUGGGCUCGGGAAACAGAACAGACAUCUGGGUUUUGGUUAGACGUCUCCAUGGCAAGAGUGGUACUUGGUGGGAUGAACAUCUUUCUGAAGAGAAUGUUUCCUUUGUUAAACAAUUGGUCUCUGAUGAAAAUAAAGCCCAGUUAGCAAGUAAACUCUGUCCUUUGAAAGAUGAGCCGUGGCCUAUACAUCCUUGGGAACCAGGUUCCUCUAGAGUGGGCCUUAUUGCACUGAAGCUAGGCAUGAUGCCUUUAUGGACCAAAGACGGUAAGAAGCAUGUGGUCACAUUACUUCAGGUACAAGACUGUCAUGUCCUAAAAUAUACUCCAAAGGAAAAUCAUAAUGGAAAAAUGGCAGCCCUGACUGUAGGAGGAAAAACUGUGUCACGUUUCCAUAAAUCUACAUCUAUAUUGGAAUUUUACCAAGAACUUGGAUUGCCACCAAAGCAGAAAGUUAAAGUGUUUAAUGUAACAGAUAAUGCUGUUAUUAAGCCAGGCACUCCUCUUUAUGCUGCUCACUUUCGCCCAGGACAAUAUGUGGAUGUCACAGCCAAAACUAUUGGUAAAGGUUUUCAAGGUGUCAUGAAACGAUGGGGAUUUAAAGGCCAGCCAGCUACUCAUGGUCAAACAAAAACCCACAGGAGGCCUGGAGCUAUUUCAACUGGUGAUGUUGCCAGAGUCUGGCCUGGAACUAAAAUGCCUGGACAGUUGGGGAAUGUGGAUAGGACAGCAUUUGGACUAAAAGUGUGGCGAAUAAACACAAAGCACAAUAUAAUCUAUGUCAAUGGUUCUGUACCUGGACACAGAAAUUGCUUAGUAAAGAUCAAAGAUUCUAUACUGCCUGCAUAUAAGGAUUUCUGUAAAAAUCUACCAUUUCCAACAUAUUUCCCUGAUGAGGACGAAAAGGAGCUACCAGAAGAUUUGUAUGAUGAAGAAGUGUGUCAGCCUGGAGCACCUUCUAUUACAUUUGCUUGACUUCAUUGGACAUGAGAGAACCCCACAUAUGCUGUGAAUUCUGAUGAGCCAGAACAGUAACAUAACCAGGAAUUAUGGGGGUUUUUCCUUAGUUAAAACAUACCACAUAACCACAUGGUUCUCUUUUACUGUCUAUUUCUCAAAUUAUCAUAAAUGUUUAUAAAUUUAACUUCUGCUAAAGAUUUGUCUGUCUUUGUGAAAGGGUGGUUGUGGAAUGGUGUCAACUCAUAUGGAGACUAGAUAACUUAUCUAGAUUAAAGAAAAAAGAAAACCAUUUCUUGAGCCUCAAAAACAGAAAAAUUCAGAUGUUUAUCUAAAUUAUAGAAAUGUUUAUGUUAUAGUUAAAGGCCUGACACAUAAUAAAAUCACAAAUUAUGGGUCUUAUAUAUUA